UGCACGUGUAGUGUCUCCCGUCUCCCCUGUACAAGAAUUAUUUUUAUCCGUAACACACUAAUCCACAAGAUUUUCAAUACACGAAUGAAAUACCUAGUUACUUUGCAAAUAGCAAAAAUAGUUCGUUUCUUCUAGCCAAAGCAGUGGUCGUUGAACACGUACUAGUUGAAUCGAGUUGUGUAUUUAUUCAAUCAAUUUUUGUAAAAGAUACGGAUGUGGCAUCGGACAACAUAUUGCGAGAACUGAUUUUGCAAUUUUAUUAAAUAUAUGUAUGUCAACCUGAUUCAUUACAUACACUAUUUUUGUUAGGAGGUUAUUUUCUUACCCUUAAGUUUAGAUAAUUUAUAGCAGAAAAUUCGUUAAAAAUGGAGCAUACAUGGUUAUUAACAUUCCUUAUUAUGACAAUAACUUCUGGAGGUGAAGCAUAUUCAAUGUUCGAAUGGGUCUGGGGCAGCAGUAAAGACGAGACAACUGUUUUGGUGGCAGAUGGAGUACCUCUUAUUUCGAUCCCGUACGAAUCCAUGACAGAGGAUGAAAAGUUCCUCCAGGAAGCAGCAAAAUUUACAGAGAUUCAGGUGUCAUCGCCGUUGGAAACUUGCCAACACAAAGUUAUUAUGAAAAUUAGAACUGCCUGCUCUCAGAUGACAGAGGAAGAACUUGCUAAAUUAAGCGUUAAUCUUUUAAACUGUCAGUCUGCUGUAGAAGGCAGAAAGAUGUUCCCAUGUACAGAAGAAAUGUCCCUGAAACAGUGUACAACAGAUAUGGAUGCAGAUAUGUGGAAUGCAUACCAUUUAAUGAGUAACAGAGCAAGAGCAGUUUGUUAUUCGGCUCGUAGUACACAGUUUCGUGCUCUUUCAGAAUUGACUGUUAAUAAAUUGAUGGAAACUGCACACGUACAAAUCAAAACAUUGGAUUCCCUUAAGGUAAGUCAAGAUCAACUGGAAGAACAACAGCAACACUUGAUGGAUGCUCAAACAUCUGCUCACAAUCUUGUGACAACAAAUCUGAGAGAAUUGAUCAAUGAAAGGGCAUUGAUAAGAAUAGGACAUAGUCAGUUAACAUCGAUGACUGAAGACAUUAGAAAGAGAUUAGAGGAGGCAAGUCAAAAGUUAGAACAACAAGCAAUCGAGCGCAGCGGAAACCAUAGAGAAAUACUUAAUGAUUUGACAAACAUUCAAGAACAAGCUCAAUUGAUUUGGGACAAAAUAGAGACUAGCACUAAUCGCAUAUUUGCACAACACAAAGUGGCUCUUGACCAGUAUGAACAGACUUUAGAAAGAUUAGCACGGAUCAAUGAAACAAUUCAAUUUAUUUGGAACCUAACGAACACUAUGCGCACAGAAGUGGAUCAGAAACUAAACUGGCUAACCAAUUAUAUCGGCGACACUGGAGAACAAAUGCACAGAAUGUAUCGCGUAGGAUUACACAUUAUUUACUUGUUAUGCGCGAUGAUAAUUGCCUCUUUUCUUUAUGCGCCGUUCUUAACUAGAAUCACUAUAAUGGGAAUUGUGCCAUUAAACUUGGUAUCAUAUUUGAGACAUGGCAUGGAAGCUUGCCUGGACUUUCCAUCGAUGACUAUAUUAAUACUUUUAAUUACAACCAUGCACUUUCUGAUGGUUGGAAUACAACGGAUAUUUGGCCCGAAAACAACCGCACGAUCAGAACCGAUACAAGUUAUUAAUCAAAACGGGCAUGCGAAUGGCAAUACACAGGCUUACGUCUUAUCUUCUAAUACUAAUCUUAAAUCGCCUCGCAUUCCAGCAGUGUCCUUAUACACGAAAUUGAAGAAAAUGACGAGGAAACUUUAUGACAUAGUUUUCUGCCAAAUAAAUCAUUUCAUACAGAAAUGCAGUUCCUUGGUACAAUCGAUAAUUCCCCGCAGUCGGCAGGAUAAAGUACAACGCGAGGAGUUGUCCUGUACGUAUGUAUCUUCUAAGAAGCCUCGGGAGGAUCUUGUGUAUAAUUAUCCGCACGAGUUUCCCAGUAUGUCUGAUGACGUUACUGACUUCGAGAAUUCCAAUGUAUCGAAUAAAAAUGACGUAAAUAUCGAUGACUAUGACAUUAUGCUUGAUGCGCACGAGUUAAGGCGACGGUUAAACGCAAUAGAUCAUUCUAUCGGUAGAUCCUCUCGCAGUCAUCAAGCAUCUCCUGCCAGAAGCGUCAGUUCAAAAGCAUCAGGAACACCUAAAUUUCAAUGCAACGCUAUAACAAAAAGCGGAUGGAAGUGUCGGUUGAAUGCGGUAAGUGGUCACCAGUAUUGUAGCAGACAUUCCAGCGGAAUCUCGAGCAUGGGCGACUGAUAUAUUUGUUGUAGACGUUAAUAGUUCAUAGGUUAAAGAAAGAUAAUGUCUUAAAUUCCGUGUUAGAGUGAUGGAGCGUAAUUGUUCCUUGAGAUGUCAGUUAAUUAUAAUAAUUAUGUUUGUUCGCAUAACUGACUGGCAAAGUCACGUACGCGACACUCAACGUGUUAAUUAACAUCUUUAAGAACGAUUCUGUUUUAGUAUAAAAUUUAGCACGCGCACAAAGGAGGGGCAUCUCACGUUGAUACGUGAUUAAAGCUUGUUUUGUUAGCGAAACGUUUGUAACUUAAUCUUUAAGCAAUAUUGUGAUGACAAUAUACGUGUAACAGUUUAUAAUGAUCUAUUUGAUCGCAUUCUAUAAGUUACAAAGGUUUCACUAAUAAUUUAUUAAUACGGCCCAAUUCUGUGCUAAUGUAAAACAAAUUCUUAAAGCGUUAAGUUAGAGACUUAAGAUGUUUCUAUAAUUACUAUUUUAAACAGCUAUAUCUAAGAAAAGAACUGAAAGAAAAAAUUGAAUCGAACACCUGUAGCUACAUAGUAGAAAAUAAUAUUUUAUUCACUUUGAAUAGGAAUAACAAAAAUACCCUCUUUGCAAACACGGGGUAACAAUUUGUACAUAAUUGGAUAGUAUUUUAAUAAUAAUUUAUGCCAGAAAUGUCCAUUACAAUUAUUCAUUAAAUCGGAGCAACGAUGAUGACAUUGUGAUUAAGUCGAUUAAACGAUAAUGUACGAUUUUAGGAGAGGAUACGUUUUAACUAUCUGACCAUGUUGAACUUAAUUAUAAUUUAUUUUUGUAAUACCU